AUGGACGACCAAUUUGGGGGCAGAACCGACGACGACUUGUUCGCCGACGAGUUUGAGCCCGUAGCCGAAGAGGAAGCUCAAGUCUACCCCGACCCUGCGCCAGUGCCAGUCCCCGUCGCCAAUGAUGCUCCCGCACCUGCGAGCCAAACUUCCUCGACUGCACCGUCGUCUGUAGGCACUGGUGCAGCGCACCAUGCGCCCGCUCCUGAAGCAACGACCCCAGACACAGCAGCUCCCGCGGCAACGGCGUCCAGCACGACAGCUUCCAAUGCGACAGCGGCCCCGCAGAAGUCGGGCCUGAUGCAGUCACGGCAUGCCCAACAACCGCCCGCCUCCGCGCCACGCGCGCCGCGCAACCACCGCGCCAACAACCCGAACCAUAAUAGCAACAACCACGCCGGAGCGUCUCCCAGCCCGUCGAGCCCUGCGCCGCCCUCCUCGACCAGACACGACAGCCGGCAACACAAAUCCAACCAGGGCUCAGACGCCCGCACCGGGUCCGGCGCAAACCCACGUACCAAGCUCACCGAGGCCGAGCUGGCUGAAAAGAUGGAGAAGAUGCGCAUCCUGAACGAGGAGAAGACGCGCCGGUUCAAGAAGGUGGAGGAGGACGAGCAGUCCCACGCCAUGGCCAUGGAGAAGGCGACCGCAGAACAGCGCAAGCGCCGGCAAGAAGAGGCCGAGCGCCGGAGGAGAGAGGCCAGCGACAAGAGGCAGCUGGACGACGAGCGCGAGAAGAACAGGCAGAGGAAACUCAAUGCCUUGGGCGCCCGGGAGAGCAACUGGGACGAGGGCAAGGAGGAGAGGCUGCUGGAGGAGGACCGAAGACGGGGAACGUCCAACUUCAGGGGCGCGAAUGGAGGCAUUCGUGGGUCGUCGAGCGGCAGGGGCGGUGGUCUGUCCGGUAGCCGCUUCGCCGACUCAACUUCAGACACGGAUUUCAUGGCUGGUCGGGGAGGGAGAGGCGGCAGGGGCGGAAGAGGGCGAGGAGGCCGUGGCGACUAUUCCGGCACGCCGCCGCCCCAGGGCGCGUCGCAUGCAGCGAAGAAGGAGCCCGCGCUCACGCCCGACGAAUUCCCUGCUUUACCAUCCGCUCCGGCGUCCAACACGAAGGUUUCCUCUGUCGCAAAGACAGACCUCAACUCGCCGACGUCGCCGCUUGGACAAUGGGAUGACGAAAUGGCCGCGAUUGAUGCGAAGACUGCCGCCGCGAACAAAUCCUAG